GAAUCUUUCCAACUUCACGGAACCCAUGCCACUUACUCCGUGAACGUGGGCUGAGUGUGGAGGAACAGUGCAGUGACUCAAGCGCAAGAUGGGAACCAGGAACGCCAUGUCGGAGAUGUCGGUGACCACACGGGAAUUUUCUUCCGUAAGGUUGCCUACUGAAGCAACAGUGGACCCAAUCCGUCGAGACAGUGGUGACACUUCUGCUGAAGAGGGCGUCAUGUUGGAACCGCUGCGGCAGGAGCAACUUGCCGAAGAAAGCCAAGAACCGAGGGCUGAAGGAAAGAAACUGACCCAAUAUAUGGCCGCAGUUUUCGUCACGCUGGGGGCCAUGGCAGCAGGGACGGUUCUGGCCUGGACGUCCCCCACGUUGCCCGAACUUCAGAGCACGAACAGUACACUCCCCGUUACCCCAGAAGAGGGGUCCUGGAUCGGCUCCCUGGUGGCAGUGGGGGCGAUUGUGGGUGCCGUGCCAGCAGGAUACUUCGCGGACCGUUUCGGGCGGAAGCUCGUCAUACUGGCCCUGUCAGUUCCGUUCCUCCUCAGCUGGAUCCUCAUCGUCGUGGCCAAUUCUGUUGGACUCCUGUAUCUGGCAAGGUUCAUUGCCGGCUUUGCAACUGGAGCCACCUCGGUAGUGGCCCCCAUGUUCAUCGGGGAGAUCGCCGAGAGUUCUGUCAGGGGUGCUCUGGGAUCUUUCUUCCAGGUCAUGCUAACUGUUGGGAUUCUGUUCACGUACAUCGUCGGUGCUAUCGCAAGUUACACUUGGUUAGGAAUACUCUCUGGAAUUGUCCCUGUGGCUCUCUUCAUAACGUUCUCGAGAGUACGGGAAUCACCAACAUAUCUCAUGAAGAAGCACAGAGCCGAGGAGGCCAGGAAGUCACUACAGUACUACCGAGGCUCGUCUUACAACAUCUGGCAAGAGUUUGAAGAACUUGACAUGGAUAUAAGUGAAUCGACACAAGAGAGAGCAUCCAUUACGGAUUUGGUCUCUUCAAGAGGGACACGGAAAGCAGUGAUAAUUUCCUUAGGUCUAAUGAUCUUCCAGCAACUCAGUGGUGUGAACGCUGUGAUAUUUUACUCCGUCGACAUAUUCCGUGCUGCGGGAAGUAGCCUCGAUCCCAAAGUCUCUGCUAUUAUUGUUGGAAUAGUUCAAGUUGUGGUCACCUACGUAGCGAGCGUCAUGGUUGACCGUGCUGGUCGUAGGAUUUUGUUACUGUUGUCUGCGAGUAUCAUGGCCUUAUGUCUCGCAGUUUUAGGACUGUAUUUUUCUCUCAAGAAUAAUGAAAAUGACGUGUCAGGCAUAGGCUGGCUUCCUUUGAUGUGUGUCGCUGUGUUCAUCGUGAUGUUCUCUCUCGGAUUCGGACCGUUGCCAUGGAUGAUGAUGGGGGAAUUAUUUGCACCUAAUGUAAAAGGGGCAGCUAGCAGUAUUGCUGUGUGUGCCAACUGGACACUCGUUUUUAUAGUAACUUUUUCUUUUGGGAAACUUAUUGAAUGGUUGGGAGAACACUGGACGUUUUGGUUGUUUGCUGUAAUAUGCUUCAUAGCAAGUUUCUUUAUAUUCAUUGUAGUGCCAGAAACUAAAGGGAAGACCUUGACAGAGAUUCAGCGCAUAUUAAAUGGAGACACCAACCCUAAAAGGAAUGAAAUUUUAUGAAGUCGUACGUAUUAAAGGUUGUGAUGUUAAACUCCAGCCUCAUUCUAUGUUCCAGGGUCAUCAAACUUGUUUCCAAAUGACUGGAAAGAAUAAUCUGUCAAGAGAAUGCUUACAGCAAAACAAUGUAAGUUAUUACUGCCUGCAUAAAUAAAGUGUGAGUAACAGUUAAUCAGAAAACAGGCAACAUUGAAGUAAUUGUAUCCAGGGAACAGCCCAAAAAUUAGCCUUAGCUUCAGAGAAAACAUGUCCAUAAUGGAACCUUCUUGGGUUUAAGAAAUGUGUAUACUCGUAUCAUUCUGAAACUCGGCAUGUGUUACG